CUUCCCUCCCUCGGGAUGUCUCUGCUCUGGCUGAGCUGCCUCUGCCUCUCUUUCCUCCUGCCUGCAGCCCUGGGCACCUAUAGGAAGGAAGUCUGUGACUGUAAUGGGAAGUCCCAGCAAUGUGUCUUUGAUCAAGAGCUGCAAAGAAGGACGGGAAAGGGACUCCGUUGCCUCAACUGUAAUGACAAUACAGCUGGAGUACACUGUGAAAGGUGCAAGGAUGGAUUUUAUCGCCAGAGAGACAGAGACCGCUGCUUGCCUUGCAAUUGCAACGCCAAAGGCUCUCUCAGUUCACGAUGUGAUAACCAUGGACGAUGCAGCUGUAAGUCAGGUGUGACGGGAGACAGAUGUGACCGAUGCCAGCCAGGGUUCCACACUCUCACUGAAGCUGGAUGCACCCGCAAUAGACAACUAAAAGAUUCCAAAUGUGACUGUGAUCCAGCUGGGAGCACAGGGAGCUGUGUAGGUCGAUGUGUCUGUACUUCGGUCACAGGAGAACGCUGUGAUAGGUGUCGGCCGGGUUACUAUCAUCUGGACAGAGGCAACCCAGAAGGGUGUACUCAGUGCUUCUGCUAUGGACACUCAGCCACUUGCAGCAGUUCUGGGGUUUACAGUGUCUACAAGAUUACCUCUACUUUCCAUCGAGAUGUUGAUGGCUGGAAGGCUAUCCACAGAAACAGAGCCCCUGCACCACUCCAGUGGUCCCAACGGCACCAUGAUGUGUUUAGCACAGCCAGAAGAUCCGACCCUAUCUAUUUUGUAGCUCCUGCCAAAUUUCUUGGGAACCAACAGGUGAGUUAUGGGCAGAGCCUAUCUUUUGACUACCGUGUGGACCGAGGAGGGAGGCACCCGUCUGCCCAUGAUGUGAUUCUGGAGGGAGCUGGUCUUCGUGUGUCAGCCCCUUUAAUGCCACUUGGGAAGACGCUGCCAUGUGGAAUCACCAAGACGUACACGUUCAAAUUGAAUGAACAUCCCAGCAGCAAAUGGAGUCCUCAGCUGAGUUAUUUUGAGUACCGCAGGUUAUUACGGAACCUGACAGCCCUUUGGAUCAGAGCUACAUAUGGAGACUAUAGCACAGGGUACAUUGAUAAUGUGACCCUCAUCUCAGCUCGUCCCAUCUCUGGGGCCCCAGCACCAUGGGUUGAAAAGUGUGUAUGUCCUACUGGAUACAAGGGACAAUUCUGCCAAGAAUGCGCCCCUGGAUAUAAAAGAGAUUCUGCCAAGCUCGGGUCUUUUGGAAGUUGUGUACCAUGUAACUGUCCAGGUGGAGGAGCCUGUGACCCAGACACUGGAGAUUGUUAUUCAGGGGAUGAGAACCCAGACAUUGACUGUGCUGACUGCCCCAUUGGUUUUUAUAAUGAUCCUCAGGACCCCCGCAGCUGCAAGCCAUGUCCUUGUCAAAAUGGCUUCAGCUGCUCCGUGAUGCCAGAGACAGAGGAAGUUGUCUGCAAUAACUGCCCGCAAGGGAUCACUGGUGCUCGUUGUGAGCUCUGUGCUGAUGGCUAUUUUGGAGACCCCUUUGGAGAAAAUGGUCCUGUAAGGCCCUGCCAGCCCUGCCAGUGCAACAACAACAUGGACCCCAGUGCACCUGGGAAGUGUGAUCACUUGACAGGGGAAUGUUUGAAAUGCAUUCAUAACACAGCCGGCUUCCAUUGUGACCGAUGCAAAGAGGGCUACUUUGGGAAUCCUCUGGCUACCGAUCCAGCGGACAGAUGUCGGGCUUGCAAUUGCAACUCAGUGGGAGCUGAGCCACAGAGGUGUCGAAGUGAUGGGAGUUGCAUCUGUAAGCCAGGAUUUGGGGGCAUCAAUUGUGAUCAUUCAGCACUAACCAACUGUCCGAGCUGCUACAACCAAGUGAGGAUUCAGUUGGACCAGUACUUGCAGCAGCUGCAGAGUGUGGAGGCUCUUGUCUUGAAGAUGCAGGCUGGUGGUGGGUCCCUACCCAACGCAGAACUGGAAGGCAGGCUGGAGGAAGCAGAGGGGAUCCUUCAGGACAUUCUGAGAGAAGCUCAGAUCUCUGAAGGCUUGGGUAGGUCCCUGAAGCUCCGCCUGGACAAGGCGAGAGCCCAAGAGACCAACUACCAGUCACGACUGGAUGAGCUCAAGAUGACUGCAGGAAGAAUACUGGCUCUGGGGAAUCAGUAUCAGAGCCAAGUCCAGGACACUCGGAGGCUGAUUGCCAAGAUGAGAUUGAACUUGGAGGAAAGCAAAACAACCCUAAGCAACACGAAUAUCCCACCUUCAGACCAGUAUGAAGGACCAAACAGCUUUAAAACACUAGCCCAAGAGGCUUGGAAGUUAGCAGACAGUCAUAUGAAGUCAGCUAAUGAUAUGGAACGACUAGCUGGGGAAAGCAGGGAUUAUUCUAACCAAGCCUUGGAACUGGUUCGCAAAGCUGUGACUGAAGGAGGGGGAAGCAGCAGUGUGGAUGGCUCUGUGGUGCAAGGGCUUGUGGGAAAAUUUGAAGAAGUCAAAUCCCUGACCCAGCAGUUGCAGACAGAGGCCAGUCAGGCUGACACUGAAGCAGAGCAAUCUUACCAGCAGAGCCUGCGCCUCCUGAACGCUCUGCCUCAGCGCCCUGAGAUCACUAACCAGGCCUUCCAGGUAGAAAUAAAGAGAAUCAGACAGGAAGCUGACUCUCUGUCAAGUCUGGUAACAAGACAUAUAACCGAGUACAAACAUUUGCAAGACCACCUGGGAAACUUGGAGGAAGAAACACAGCAGCUGUUACAGGAUGGAGAGAAGGAGAGACAGAAAUCAGAUCAGCUGCUUUCCCGUGCCAAUCUCGCUAAGAGCAGAGCUGAAGAGGCCCUGAGCAUGGGCAAUGCUACUUUUUAUGAAGUUGAGAGCAUUUUAAAAAACCUCAGGGAAUUUGACCUACAGGUCGGGGAUAGGAAAACAGAAGCAGAAGAUGCUAUGAGGAGACUCCCCUUUAUCACUCAGAUGGUUGCAGAUGCCAAUGACAAAACAGGACAGGCAGAGAGGGCGCUGGGCAGUGCUGCUGAAGAUGCCAGGCGGGCAAAGAGCAUGGCUGGAGAGGCGCUAGACAUCUCUGAUAAUAUUGAGCAGGAGAUAGGAAGAUUGAACUUAGAAGCGAACACAACAGCAGAUGCUGCCUUGGCUCUGGAGAAGGGAAUGGCCACUUUGAACAGUGGGAUCCGGGAUGUGGAAGGAGACCUUGGAAGGAAAGAACUGGAGUUUGAUCAGGACGGGGAUGCCAUGCAGAUGGUGAUUCAGGAAGCCCAAGGGGCUAAUUCCAGAGCCCAAAAUGCGGGACUUGCCAUCCAAGAUACACUAAAUGCCUUGGAUGGCAUCCUGAGGCUAAUAGAUCAGCCCAGCAGUGUGGAUGAAGAAGGAAUAAUCUUACUAGAACAGAACUUCAGCAAAGCCAGAAACCAGAUCAACACCCAACUUCGGCCCUUGAUGCUGGAGCUGGAGGACAGAGUUCGUCAGCAGCAAGGCUACCUGAGAUCCCUGGAGGCCAACAUUGAUGGGAUCCUGGCUGACGUCAAGAACUUGGAGGAUAUCCGAAACAACCUGCCUCCUGGUUGCUACAACACACAGGCUCUUGAGCAGCAGUGAAGUGGUCCCAGAGAUUUCUCCUUCUUGUUUCUCAGGUCACAGAUCCCAGAGUUCAGGGCAUGGCUCUGGUAAGGGUUGGGGUGGGAGAGGGACAAUUGGACUUAAUUGAUCUAGUCUUGCUCAAGUCAAUUGAACCUGAUCCCAGUGCGGUGGCUGGAGCCGGCCAGAGGUCCGGUUGUAUGUGUGUGAUGCUAUUUGUUUCAUCAUGUUGGGUAAUGAAACGGAUGGCAUUACAUCAUGAGACUGAUUGAGCAGCCAGGACCCCAGUGUAGUUUUUUGAAGGGGGAGAUGGUAAAAUGGUCAAAUCAAAAGAACAGAGCCAUAAUGGGGGGAAGGAGGAGGGGGGACAAAUUGGGCUUUCCAUAAGGGAGAAAAUAUCUGGAGAGAGAGGACCCCAAUUCACAAUGAUGCCAUCCUUGGAUCUUGCUUUGGUCCAGCCAGUCACCAUACCCAGGGGCCUAUCUUAUGGUGCUUUUCUCCUGGCUCAUACAUCUACUGAAGGCCAGUUCCUUCCUUCUUGUGGCAGGCGCGAACCUUCUGUCCGACUGACCUUUGUGCUACUGUUCCUUCACCCUGCAUUACUUUUGCCCCAGGUGGAAAAAAUGUCUAGUUUCAGCUCUACAGAAAACCUUAAGCUCCAGAGUAUAUUCAUGAGACAUGCCUGAAAACAUAAUCGUGCUUAGAUUCAUCUAAUUCUCUGAACCUUGUGGACUAAAGAAAAUUCUCCAGGCUUACCCAGCCUUUCCAGAUUUACCCUGGUAUUAAAAGAGAGAAUGAAACCCAAUGAAAUACUGUUACCUCUUGGCAUCCAAUGCAAGACUUUUACCCUUUGGUACUCUUCCCUUUUACCUCCUCAUGACGAUAGCACUUAUACCAACUUUUAAGCCAGUUAAGUAGAAGUAAGAGUGGGGGGCAGCAAGGUGGUGCAGUGGCCCUGGAGUCAGGAGUACCUGAGUUCAAAUAUGGCCUCAGACACUUAACACUUACUAGCUGUGUGACCCUGGGCAAGUCACUUAACCUCAGUUUCCUCACUAAAAAAAAAAAGUAAGAGUGGGACAUGAGGGAAAGUAGACACAGCAAACCCCUGGAGUUGCUUACAUUCUGGUGUUAUUCAGGGCCCUACUAUUUGGUGAUCCUACUGCCUGGGAGGGGCUCUCCGGCUUGGGUGGGCCAGUAAGUGGCCUUUUACCUCCCAGUCUAAUCAUGUACACUGCAUUUCAUUAGCUAUUAAAGAAACAGGGAAGGGGAAACUUUUUGUUUUCAAACUGAUAUAAUAUGUAGCUUGAAUGUUGAGAAAAAUGAAACUUAUCUAGAGAAUCAAGUUUUCCUUCCUUUGACCUCCCUUUUAAAAUCAUGGGCUUCAAUAUAUAUUUUGUAGACCUCCUUUCCUCAAUAUACCAAAGGAUGCUCCCUCCUUAGCCUGAGCUGAGUAGAACUUGUCUGUCCUAAACAGUAUUUGGUGGAGUACCUACCUGGAUGUACCUCCGCCUGAAGCUUGAAAGACAAUUGGUGCUGCCUUUCCUCUUCCCACCAUGUUUUCCCCCUUCACUUUUAAUGGACAUAUUUUUAAAUAAAGAGGUAUUGAAUGAGCUGCCUAUUGUUAGUUCCUGAUUUAUAGAUCUAUAAACUCUCAGCCACAGAUACAAGAAUUUAAGAACUAGAAACCACUUCUUCAGGAAGGAUUGGAGGGAGUCCUUUGGUUUAAACCUCCAAUCCUAGUUCCUGAUUCUGUCAUGUGAUUCUCUCCCAAUUGGAAAGGAUUUUUUUUUUCUGGAUUUAAUUAUUGUUAUCUGAUAUUUCUUGUGAUAGAAUGACAGAGUUUUGUUUCUAGGACAAAUUUAUCACCUCUCCAGGCCUUUUCAAGUGAAUAGCAAUUAACAUGUACAAUUUCUUGACUUUUGGGACAUGAUCAAAGCAGAAUCUCUAGUGUCUAUAAGAUGUCGUGCGUUUCGCGGAAUGAAUUUUCUAUUAUAUUAAUUAUGAAUAUGCUCUUUGGUUGAGUAAUUGGGGGAAAGAAUAUGAUCACAUAGACCAGACACUGAUAAAUGAUAGUUUUGACCACUAUACU